AUGUGGCAGUGGGUGUGUAAUUGGCAAAAUUGGACGAAGACUGAUGAAAAGCUUUGGUACGAUGGUCGUUACAAGCUUUUUACAAAACGUGAUGGUGCAACAUGUCGUUUUUAUGGUGGUCUUGGUUAUUUUGAUGGUUAUUAUUUUUAUGGUUAUUAUUUUGGUGGUUAUUUUCAUGUGUGCUUAUGUGAGAAGCACUGAGAGUACUUUAAUUUUUUUUUUUGUGGUGGAAAAAUAUGGAUGUGUAUUUAAUUAUGAAUAAAAUGAGAAUGGGGUGAUUUCAAUUAAUGAUAAUAGUAGGGAUAGGGUUGCAGUGGCGGGGAACAGUGCGAGGGUUCGCAGUUGCGGGGGCCGACGGCCCCCGCAACUGUGAAUCGGAGCACUGUUGACACUCUUUCUCUACCGUGCGAGGAUUCGGCGUCUCGGCGGCCGAAGGCCGCCGAGACGCCGAAUCCGAGCUCGGAAAAAAUUUUUGGGGUACCUAUCUCUCGGCAGGAAGGGGGCCGUGGGCCCCUUCUUUCAGGCCCCGAAGAGAAAAAAUAUUGGUGACCUUUUUUUUUUUUCUUUUUUUUUUUUUUGC